AUGUCCACCGACGAACAGCAGAUACCAUCAACAUCUACAACAAAAGAAAUCCAAUAUGAACAAUAUGAAAUUGAAAAUGAUGAUUCCGACAGGGUACAUCAAAAUUUACAAGAAGUACAACAAGAAGAUAUGCAAGUAGAAACACAAAAAGAAGAUAUGCAAGAAGUAGAAGCACGAGAAGAAGAAGAUAUGCAAGAAGAGGCGCAACAAGAAAAAGUAUAUGAUUAUGUACAACAGCCAAUAGCUUCUUCUUCAACAGCUGAAUCAUCAAAUCAUACAUUGCGUGAUGAUAAUUUGGAACAACAUAAUCCUGCGAUGCAACUUCUUAAUAGACGUGGCAUACCGAUAACCUAUUCAAAACUUUCAGACCGGUAUACUUUCUCAUUUUCUGCUGAUUUAAUAUCCCAGUUCGAUAAAUAUCGAGCACAUAUGCGGGAAAGUAUACGGCAGGAAUUAGAUAAAAUUUACGCAGAGUCUGAUAAGAAUAAAGAAGAAAUAUUUAGUAUACAUCAAGUUCAUCAUGGGCCUGCAGCAUCUGUACAUUCAAAUUCACAAGAGACAUCAACAAGAAACAGAUCGACAGAUGACGCACCAAAAUCUUGUUUACCGACAAAAUCUUCAAAUAAGCAUAAUGGUGGAAAGUCUUUUAGAAUUUCAUUUUUGCGUGGCAAGACGUCAAAAAAUCAAAAUCAAAAUCAAAAUCGGAAUGCGACAACAAUCACAACAACUACGGCAACUUUGUCAGAUCUUGAUACCUUAUCAUCAGACGUUGAGCGACAACGUCGUACAGAAUCCGAUUUUGCAAUUAAUCAAAGGAGACAUAAAUCAAGAUUGACAUUUAUCAAAAAAUUACCAUUUGUUUCAAGUUGUGCUG